UGAUAAGUACUGUAAGUGCAGGAAGCGCCACAACACAAAUUGUAUUCGCAUAAGAUCUGAACCUUAUAAUUGGCUUCAUUUUCAAUUCCUCCGGCAAUCCGAAUACUGCAAUGGCACCACAAUAUUCAGGCGCCGACCACCAGCUUCACUUUGUGAUGAUACCGUUGAUGUGUCCGGGACAUAUUAUUCCCAUGGCCGACAUGGCCAGGCUGUUGGCACAACGUGGUGUUAUCAUCACCAUUAUUACAACAACCUUAAAUGUCAUCCGAAUCAAGCCGAUCAUCGGCCAUGCCAUUGAAUCUGGGCUCCCAAUCCGAAUUGUCCAGCUCCGGUUGCAACUCCAUGAGGUGGGCUUGCCAGAGGGAUGUGAAAGCAUUGAUACAAUCCCUUCACGCAGCUUGUUUGGGAACUUCUUUGCUGCUGUUAAUAAGCUGCAACAACCGCUGGAAGAAUUACUUGAAGACAUGGAACCGACUCCGAGUUGCAUAUUGGCCGACAAGAAUCUUCCUUGGAUAGCUGAUGUUGCUGGAAAGUUUAACAUACCAAGACUUUUAUUUGAUGGCACAGGUUGUUUCAAUCUCUUAUGCUGUCAUAGUUUGCAUGCAUCUCAGGUCCAUGUGAAUGCCUCCGAUUCAGAGUUCUUUGUAGUGCCAGGUUUACCUGAAAGAAUUGAGUUAACUAAAGCACAACUACCAUCAGGCUUGAAUCCCUCCAUGCAAGAUUUUAAAGAUCUUCAUGCAAAGAUAAGAGCAUCUGAAGAAGGAGCUUAUGGAAUAGUGAUCAACAGUUUUGAGGAGUUGGAAUCAGCAUAUGUUAAGGAGUAUCGCAAGGCAAAAGGAGAUAAUAAAGUUUGGUGCAUUGGCCCGGUUUCACUAUCCAACAAGACGGACUUAGAGAAGGCUCAGAGAGGAACCCUUUGCCGCCUCACACCAUUACAACUAAUAGAGCUUGGUCUAGGCUUGGAAGCUUGCAACAGGCCCUUUCUCUGGGUCAUUAGAGGUGAUAAUGGAAAAGAAGAGCUGGAGAAGUGGAUAUUAGAGGAUGGUUUUGAAGAGAGAACAAAUAGGAGAGGCCUCUUGAUUCGGGGUUGGGCUCCUCAAGUACUGAUUUUGUCACACCCUGCAAUCGGAGGGUUUUUGACCCAUUGCGGCUGGAACUCAACGCUAGAAGCGAUUUGUGCUGGUGUGCCAAUGGUGACAUGGCCUCUUUUUGCAGACCAGUUUUUUAAUGAGAAGUUGGUUGUGCAAGUUUUGAAGAUUGGUGAGAGAGUAGGGAAUGAGAUAGCUGUCCCCGUGGGAGAGGAUGCAAAAUCUGGAGUCUUGGUGAAGAGGAAGAAAGUUAGGGAAACUAUACAAAAGAUAAUGACCGAAGGAAAAGAAGGGGAAGAGAGAAGAGAACGAGUAAGAAAGCUUGCAGAGAUGGCAAGGGAGGCAACAGAAAAGGGCGGAUCUUCAUUCCUUAACAUUACAUCCUUAAUCGAAGAUAUAAGGAAACUAGGCAUGGGCAUUCAAGCUUAAAGUCAUAUGCAGUAAAAUGAUAUUUAGCCCUAUGUUUUUGCAUUGAAUGUAUCAUUUGGAUAUUUGAAUUUAUUUUUAAUAAUUAAGAAAUUGAUUAUUAAUGAAGUUGUAAUUU